AUGGAAGAACAGAAAGAGCCGGAUUAUGAUCAGCAGUAUAAAGAAUCCUUCACUAAGAAGAUACCAUUCCCGAUGCUCAAAUACGAUGUUUGUAAGCUAAACCCAGCUUUUAACAACUAUGCUUACACAUUGGCAACGGCCAGCGUGCAUGAUGGCACUGAAUUCACUCUUUACACCAGUCCCCAGACCAAAAUGGAGCUUGCCCCAAUGGUCGAGAAACUUAAAGGAGAAGACGCAAUCGCUAAGGCAGAGAAGAAGCUUAAGGAGCAACAAGAGCAACAGAAGCUGAGAGAUGAAAGAAAAGAUGAAGAGGAGGACGAUAAAGCAGCAGAGGACAACCAAGAUUCUCCUGUUGAAAAUACUGAAGAAGAAAAGAAAAAGACUAACUCAAAUGAUCCAACCGAAAGAGCCAUCAUGAUUUUGAAUGAUAGAAGAGCUAAAGAAAGAGAUCAGAAGAAAAAUGAGGCUCCUAAAGAAGAAAGGAAAGAGUCUGACCUAAACCUCCAAGAUCUUGCUAUGGGGAAAGCAAAAUCUAGUAAACUUAUUGAUGAAAAUAAGGCUAAAGACAAUGCUUUAUCAAAAGAAAACGAAACUUUGAAAUUUGAAAAAGUUGAGGUUGACGAAACUUUCAAUCAGAAUUUAGUCAACUGUACAAAAGUUCUAACUUUAUGGGAAAUUGAAAUCUAUGGAUACAGAAAAAUUAAAGAAAUCUUCCUUUUUGAACAGGUUUCCAACCAAAUUUCAGUUUCUGACAAUGGAAAAUUCUUGCUUCUGUGGCUUAGCGAUAACCGGACCCAUAUGAUCUACAAUGCUGAGACAUUAGAGUUGGUUUCUAAAAAGGAACUCACAGCAAAAACAGAUGAUGGGGGAGAAGUCACUUAUUUUUAUGAUUCAAAAUUGUCGUUUGACGGUUCCUAUCUUAUAGGAGGAGAUAGCUACUCUCGAUAUAUCUUUGAUCAAAACCUAAAUUUUGUAAGGAAAGUAGAUGGAAGGAAUAUGUAUUCUAUUUGGCAAUAUAGCAAGACUCAGUUCUUAGGAUGUAAGAAUGCUGAUGAUACCUACACAAAGACAAAUUUAGUCGCAAUUGAUAUUCUUACCGAUAAGGAAGAGGUUAUUUAUAACUUUGAAUCCUAUAUCUCAAUGAUUUAUCUCAACCAGGAUAAAACAGGAUUCUGAUAUGACAAAUACCCCAAGAUUUACUACGUUGACUUGAAAAACAAGGGCAAUGAAUGAAAAGAGAUCAUUAAAGAAUAUUACUCCAUGAAUGCUAUAACUUUUAGCAAAGAUUACAUUGGGGUCUUAUAUAUGCCUAACUGGAAAAAUAUGUGGUGUGCAGUCUACAAAGACGGUAAAUUAGUAUGGAAGCAGGUAUUUCAUAAAACCUAUGUGUAUUCAUACGGCUUCAAGUUUAUGGAAGGAGAUGAGCAGGCUUUGAUUCUCUUUGAACAAGAUUGCGGCAAAAUGAUAAUAAAUACUUUCACUGAAGAGAAAGCUAAUAGUUAUGGUAUCAAAGCAAUUAGGAACAUUACAUUUCAGUAUCCUCUUAUAUUGUAUGUAUGGGGGACAAGAGAACUAUGGGUACAAGACCUAAACAAUAAAGUAUCAAUUUACUACUUUGAUGAUUCUAUCCUAGCAAUGGAAAACAUUAGCAAAGUAAUAGCUAAGCAAUCAUCAACUAUUGAUCUUGGAAUAGUUCUAGAUAAACAUUCCUAUGUUCAAACAACUAUUAUGCGAUGUAACACUGAUACGAAUUUGCUUGAAUACGAUAAGAGACAGAUUAAUAAAUCUGAAAUAGUUCCAGAAAAGAUCAAGGGAUUUUACAGGAUAACCUUACAAAACCCAGAAACAAAGAGUAUUGAGAAUGCAGUGAUGCUACACCAAAAGGACUCCUUGGCUAUACUUUCGUUGGAGAGCAAAGGCAUUAAAUAUGAAAUCAACAAGAAGGUCAAAAAGACGAAUGUUAUAUUUAUGCAAAAGACUAAUGUAAUUAUUUUCUGGGACGAUAAAGGAGAUAAACUAGAACUGAUGAGAAUCCCAUAUGACCCCACAAGUGCUAAAAGUAUCAUUAAAGUUUAUGAAGCUGAUGAAGACAUUCGAUAUUGCAAGCAAACUAUGAUUAACGGAGUUGAAUAUCUAGCAAUUGUAGAUGAACCAAAAUAUGUCAAGAUUCUUAAAGUUGAAGAGUCAGGAUCCCAAAAAUUCAGUAAAGUCAGUAUAUACAAGGAAUAUUUUGUUGAUACAUAUUUCUCCAGUAGCAGCGAUGUUAACUCAAUUAAAGGCUAUGGAUUCUGUAAUGAGAUGAUGUACAGUAGUAAUGGAGUAAAUAUACUCCAAGAAAGAGGAAAAGAAAAGGAAGGGAGAUUUUAUUCCCUAUAUUAUUCAGGAUAUUCACUCGAAUAUGGGAACACCAAAUUUCCUCUGUGCUCUGAAGAUUUUAUUUUAUUUGCUUUAAAUUCAGAAUAUGAUUCCACUUAUACUUAUCAAAAGCAGUAUCUCAUGCUCGCUCCUCCAAUGAAUUCAUACAGGAUUAAGCAAAGAGAGGAUAAUACAGAUACCAAUACUGAAUUCUUCUGUCACUUUGAUGAUAAAUACAUUAUUAGCUCCAAUUAUGCUUCAAAGUACGAAACAUAUCAUGAAAUGGAGAGUUAUGAUGUAACCAUAAUCCUUAAAGUGUAUUUGCUCAAUGGUGAAGUCAUCCAAACAAUCAAGUUGCCUCAAUUCAAGAAAACUUAUCGCCCUUAUUUCUCUCAGAGCGGAGAAUAUUUUGUUAUACCAAUAGAGACAAUUGAUGAACAAACUGAAGAGCAAAAGAAAGAACUAGUGACUUUUAGGAUCAACAAAACUGAUGAUUAUAAAAAGAGCAUGCUAUCAGAAGAGCUUAGGCGCCAGGAGAGCCUCAAAAGUAAAGCCAUCAUCAAUGUCGAACCUAUCAAUAGAUAUAGAGUGUUUAACCACAACAGAGAUAAUUUAAUAAAAGACGACAUGUGGACUCUCGAGCAGCCAUUAUUUAUUGACAACAAAGGAAAUGUGGUCUAUCUUCAUGUUGAAGAGAAAAUCUUCCAAAUAAAUGGCAUCAAUCAUUGGGAUGACUUUCAAAGAAGACUUAACGAUAAAGGCCUAACCACAGACGAUUUUGAUAUUUACAAAUUUGGUGCAUGAACUGCUAUUAUAAAGCAGGAAGAAGAUAUUUUAGCUCUUAAAUUUGAUGAGCGAGGCAUCAAAUCAGCGAAACUUCUAAAACAUAAAGCUCUUGAUAUCCCUGACCAAUGAGAUUUAGAUAACCUGAUUGUUUCUAAAAACCCAAGAUACUUAAUUAUAUUGUAUGAUCUAGGAGGAGCAAAGACUGUAAUCGUUUGGGACAUUGAGAGAAAUAUUGAGCAUACCAACUUCUUAGGAAGAAAAGACGAUCAGUUUUUGGAUUACAUUUCUGGAAAGAAUUCGAUCCUCGGAUUCCUCUGAUUUGAUCAAUACAUUGUGGAUCUUGAUUUAGGUGUUCCAAUACCUUUCAUGUCUAAAAAUAAGAUAACAGAGGACAGAUUAUGGGGACAAGGAAUGAGAAUUAACUCUAGCGAAGAUGUAAUGCUUGGAAACGGAAUGAUGAUUACUCCCCUAUGCUACAAAGAUAUUUAUUAUUAUAAAAACAAGUCUCUUGAUAAUCUAGAUGUUCAAAAAGUGAUGUACUAUAUGAACAAGAAAUCAGUAGCAUUUGAUUACAUUGACAAUUAUGAUAACCUGAAAAAUGUGCUGAAUAUUUUUGAGAAUAAUCCUCUUUACUAUAUAAUGCUUGUUCUUGAGAAUAACGAAGGAAAAUCUCCACUCCAACUAGCUAUUGAAAAUAAUUCUGCAAGAAUUAUAGAAUUAAUGUUGAACUGUCUGUUAAAGCUUGGCCACUUUUCUUUAUCCAGGAAAAUCUUCAUAAAUUUCACGAAUCUGUUUAAAAUGAACUUAAGAUCUUUUGAAAAGUAUCUUAACUCAUGCUACUUUGUAACUGAGCAGAUGAAAUCGAUUAAUAAAUUAGAGUUAAAAGGAGAUGAUGAGACAAUCAGAGAUCACUAUCCUUGUUCUAUUCUCGAUAAAGAAUUUUACAAGAAAUAUAAUGUCCCUGACAAGGAUGGUAAGAUUAUGGGCAAAGAGAAUGAAGAUAAAGAAAUUAAGAAGAACCAGGUUGCUCCCUCCUAUGAUAAACCCUCAAGCUACAUCCAAGGAGAUAUUUCUCAGAGCAAUGAUAUGCUUGGAGAUGAUGACAAUGAUGAUAAGGUUAAUGUUUUUGAUGAAGAAGAAAACACUUUAAAAAGAGUUUCUAUUAAAGGAAUUGAAUUCGAUUGGAUUUUCCAAGGAGAUAAUUGCCACCAGUUCCUAAAAGAUCUCAGUGGAUCUCAAAAUAUUAACUUGUUCGGGCAAGACAUCAUCAGAGAUAUUAUUCUUUUCCAAUGGAAGUAUUUCAAGGAAGUGAUUAUACUGAAGCUUUUUAUACCUUACAUCAUCUACUUUGUCCUCUUCUGUCUCUACACUACUUGGUUACUUGAAAAGCAGCAUCUAGAAUCUGACGAUUCAGGAUCUUACCACUUAACAAGUUAUGCAUUUGGAGCGAUCAUUCUUCUGUUUAAUAUCUUUUGGGCAUAUGUUGAAAUCAGACAAAUCUUGUUCCAUGGACUAGACUACAUAACUUCGUUCUGGAACAUGCUUGAUCUCUUCUCUGUCAUAAUGAAUACUACAGUUGUAAUAAUGGACUUUGCAGACGCUAGUUUCGAAGAUACAAACAGAGUAGCAGCAAUAUCAGUCCUUGUGCUUUACUUUAAACUGUUUUAUUUCCUCAGAAUCUUCUUUGCUACAGCUUAUUUAGUGAGAAUGAUCAUCGAAAUUAUGAUAGACAUGAAGUUUUUCGUUGGUGUUCUCAUGAUAGCUACUAUCGCUUUCGCUAAUGCUUUCUAUAUCUUAGGUAGAAACUCUGAAGAGGAUAACCUAGCAGGAGAUAACUUCAUUGAUGCCUUUAUAUUCUCAUACAAGAUGGGGCUUGGUGACUUUAUAACAGAUGACUUUGGGACAAGAGAUGAAGAAUUCCUCUGGAUCUUCUUCUUAUUGGAUACUCUUAUUAUUCUUAUUGUCCUAUUGAAUUUGGUCAUUGCUAUUAUGGGAGACACAUUUGAUAGAGUCCAGGAAACACAAGAAAACUCAAUGCUUCAAGAACUGUCAAACAUGAUUAGAGAGAAUGAGUUCUUAUUCUCAAGAUCUAGAGCUUUUAGAAAGGCUAAAUAUAUUGUUGUAAUUGAGCCUGAGAAGGCAGAAGGAGGAGGAAAUGUUAGUUGGGAAGGUAAACUUAACCAAUUGAAAACAUUUAUUGAAGAAUCCUCUGAGAAGCAUAUAAGUCAUCUCAAGAAACUUCAAGAUGAGGUUGAAACUAUUGCUACAAUGGUUUUAGAUGAUAAAAUGAAGCCUACAGAGGAUAGAAUCAAUCAUAAACUCUCGGCAUGUGAUACUAAGAUAGACACUAUCAGGAAAGGAAUUGAAAAGCUUUAUGAAAGGAUAGACGAAUUAGAGAAUGAGAAAAAGAGCUAA